UUUGAGAAAUGGCGAAGGGCAUCAUAUGGGCAACAGCAGAGGAUUUAGCGAGGAACCGUGGGCGUGUUAUAUCUCUUUAUCGCCAGAUAUUGCGAAGCCUCAACUCCCCAAAUUUGCCUCUAAGCUUUGCAGCUAGAUUGGCAAAGAAGGCGGAGGUUCGUGCCAUUUUCAUGCUUGCUUCUGAAGAGCGAUCUCUUCACAAUAUUGAAGAUCUCAUUGAUACUGCUGAGUACUCCCUUUCUCUUUUAAGGAAGGGAGAAAUUCCCAAAUAUAUUCAAUGAGUUACCCUUUCUUCUCUUAUGUCAAUUUUAUGUUAGUUUCCUCUCUAUCUACAUGAAUGAGCGAUACUAAUGCUUUCCCUUUGUCUAAAUUUCUUUGACUUAACUUUUGGGUUCUGCUACAAUGUUUUGUAUUUGAAUGUCAUGCAUCAAAAACUCAUCGACUUGAUACUAAUCAAUCUAAACUUUAUGUUGACCCUUUCAUGUUCUGUUUAAGUAUUUGGUUCAAACUUUCAUAAGA